AUGGCGAUCUGUACUUACAACGCACGUACGCUUGCAUCGGAAGCGGCCAUCGAAGAUCUGAUGAUGCAAGCCAAGAAGAUCAAGUACGACGUCAUCGGACUGACCGAGACGAGACGACGUCACCCUCUCAACGCCGUAUAUGAAACUGGAGAAGAACUGUUCUUAGGAACAUGCGACAGUAGAGGUGUUGGUGGAGUUGGCGUCCUCGUCAACACGAGUAUGGCAAAGAACAUCGACUCUUUUGAACAACUUACGACCCGAAUCGGACGUCUGCGGAUGAGAAGAUGUGGCCCAAUACCAGCUUUGACUAUCUUCGUCGUUUACGCUCCAACAUCAAGCUACGAAGAAGAAGAAGUCGAAGCUUUCUAUAUGGACCUGGAGAAGUUCUACCAAGAAGAUCAUGCCUUCUACAAGGUCAUAGUUGGCGAUUUCAACGCUAAGGUUGGCCCAAGAAGAACGCCGGAGGAACUUCACAUCGGGACCCACGGCCUACAAUGGAAUGACCAGGGAGAGAGGCUCUCCGAGUUCAUCAUGACGACUAAAACCAUCCAUGGGAACUCGCAAUUCCAGAAGCACUCCUCUCUACGCUGGACGUGGGAGUCACCCGGUGGAGGGUACCGUAAUGAAAUAGACCACAUCAUCGUCAAUCAAAGGUUCUGCCUGACGGACGUCGGUGUUGUACCAAAGUUCUACACGGGAUCGGACCAUCGCCUCCUCCGAGGAAGAUUUUCCUUCACAAGGAGAGCAGAGAAAGCCGCCAAGUUCAGAGAGAGAAAUCCCAGGACUACCAUCAACUGGGAUCUCUUCGCUACGCUAGCCGGCUUUUGGGAAGAUUCCGCAAUCGACAACAUCGACGAGGAAUAUGACCGGCUUGUCGAACACCUUCACGACUGCGCGAAGAAGGCUGAGAGUUUUAAAACCACCAAGAGGCGCCUGUCUCUUGAAACUCUUGAGCUGAUACGCCAGCGUGGAGCAGCACGAGCCGCAGGGAACCAAGAACUCAGGUCCGAGCUCGCAAGGCUUUGCCGAGAGGCGAUAAAGGAAGACCUUAAAGAGAGAAGAGCAGAAGUGCUGGCUGAAGCUGCAGAGGCGGGGAAAAGCAUCCGCUAUGCCCGUCGAGACUUCGCCAGUCGCAAGACGAGGAUGACUGCUCUCCGGAACCCAAAGGGAACAGCCAUUGCAUCGAGAAGGGGGAUGGAGAAAAUCAUCUACGACUUCUACUCUGAUCUCUUCGACAGCCAUGUCCACUUGCCUCCUCACCAUCUGAGGGAAGAUGGACAAGUCAUUCCAGAGGUUCUCCCGUCCGAAAUACGACAUGCUAUCAUGUCGGUAAGAAAUCGUACGGCACCCGGUCCCGACAGAAUAAGACCAGAACACCUGAAGAGCUUUCCGCCAGUACUCAUCAACACCCUGGCGAGGCUCUUUACACGUUAUCUGUCGGAAUGCAAGAAAAAGGGAGAUCCACAUGACAUCGGCAACUAUCGCCCAAUCUGCCUACUGUCCGUCAUCUACAAGCUCUUUACAAGAGUAAUCCUUAAUAAGAUUGAAAGAGUCUUGGAUGAAGGACAGCCAUGCGAGCAAGCAGGGUUUCGAAAAGGAUUCAGCACGAUUGACCACAUUCACACUGUUUCGAAACUCAUCGAGGUAUCACGAGAGUACAAGAUGCCGCUCUGUCUCACCUUCAUCGACUUAAAGAAGGCUUUCGACUCGGUUGAGACGGAAGCGGUCGUGGAAGCCUUGGACAACCAAGGCGUCCCUACUCAGUACAUAAAGGUACUUCGAGAGUUGUACAGUAACUUCACGACCGGAAUUUCGCCAUUCUACAAGAACAUCAUCAUUGACGUGAAGAGGGGGGUCCGACAGGGUGAUACAAUUUCACCCAAAAUAUUCACAGCCACCCUCGAGAACGAAAUGCGAAAGUUGGAAUGGGACGACAUGGGAGUGAAGGUUGAUGGUCGGCAGCUACACCAUUUGCGCUUUGCUGAUGACAUCGUACUGGUAACACCUAGCAUCAGCCAAGCGGAACGAAUGCUGACCAAAUUCGACGAAACAUGUGGAUGCAUCGGUCUUCAGCUGAAUCUACAAAAGACGAUGUUCAUGCGGAACGGAUGGGUCUCGGAUGCCCCAUUCACGCUCAACGGAACGAACAUAUCCGAGUGCACCAGCUACGUUUAUCUGGGUCGGGAACUGAACAUGAUGAACGACCUGACCCCUGGGCAGGAGGAGACGAGCAGCUUGGGGAGCGUAUAA